AUGAAUAUCGUGGCAACUCCAAUAUCAACUACCUGUACUGAUACGUGGUCCAGUGACGACCUAUGUCUCCCCAUAGAUGUUGUUGAUCCCUUCCAUGAGAUGAGUGGUGAUCCCGUUACGCUACCGGUAGUUAUUAGUACCGGUAGAGGUACCGGUAGCCCCCAAGGGAGACGAGUCAGUGGUGCGCCCACAUGUACUGGUACUGGUACUGGUACUGGUACUGAUAUAAAUAGUACUGGCGGCACCAGGUUGUCGAAGCGAGCAGCUCGAAUCAAGAAGCAGCACUCUCAGAUUCAACGAGAGCGAAGUUUCCGACGUGCCAAAUCCAUGGACGCUGGAACUGCCGUGAAACGUAGCAGCAAGAAAAGCAAGGCUGAGGACUGCUCCCAAGAAGCCAUGUCUGUGUCUACAUGUACUCGCCCUUUGGCGGAACGAACCCCGUCCUCUUCUUCGUCCGCGUCGUCGAAAUCCCUGUUAUCGCGUGGGAAAAGCCGUCGUGGAAAGGAUAGCCGAAGAAUGAGCUGCGUUUAG